UUUUUUUUGUAAGUGAGAGGCAUUUGAGUGGAGGAAUGAAUGAAAAAUACUUUGCAUAUUUUUUAUUAUAUUCACGUUGAUUCAACCGAUCCAGCCAUCGGCACACACAUUUUUCGUUCAAUCAUUGAUCAGCAUUUCAAGGUGCAAGUUGUAUACCUUCUUCAUUGGUGCCUGCCUCACAUACAUGCUCGGUUGCAUUUUAACCUAAAUUCAUUGUUUUGAGUUUUGUUCGAUAAUUCCGUUUUAAUUAAAUUAACAAAUUCAAGUGAACAUUGCUGUGUUAUACAAUAUCCUACUGACCAUCAAAUUUAAUUCAUAACAUUGAAUAUCGGUUACAACAGACUGUGGUGUCGUCGUUAAAAAAAAAAGAAAGUUCGGAGUUCCAUAGGUGAAAGUUUUUUUUAGCGGAAUUCCUCAGUUGUUGUUCGAUACUUGGUCCAUUGGAACAUUAUAAUUGAAAAUUAAGAGACGAUUCAGUAUAAUUCAAUUUGUCAACAAAGACUGUUAUUUUGAUCAUUGGUGUGUCGUUCGAUUGACAAAUUCAUGUUGAAAGUUGAAAUUUUGUUAUGAAAUCGUGAGGUUCAAAGUGUGAAAAUAUUUUUUUCUUAAAAUUUUCGUUUUCUGAAUCAAUCAACGUUUAAAAGAUAUAUAACAAUGCAGUCUUCGUGGCCGGAUAAUGUUGGAAUUUUGGCGAUUGAAUUAAUUUUUCCGUCUCAGUAUGUCGAUCAAACUGAACUGGAAAAAUUUGAUGGCGCUUCGGCGGGCAAAUACACCAUCGGUCUAGGUCAAAGCCGAAUGGGCUUUUGCACAGAUCGCGAGGACAUUAAUUCGUUGGCGUUGACGGUGGUUAACAAGCUGCUGGACCGGAAUAAAGUGCCACAUUCACGAAUAGGACGUCUUGAAGUCGGAACCGAAACCAUAAUCGACAAAUCGAAAAGUGUGAAGUCCGUGCUGAUGCAAUUGUUUGAGUCUCAUGGUGUUACUGAUUUGGAAGGCAUUGAUACCACUAAUGCUUGUUACGGUGGAACAGCAGCUGUCUUUAAUGCAAUCAACUGGGUCGAAUCAUCAAGUUGGGAUGGACGACUGGCUAUCGCAGUUUGCGGAGACAUAGCAGUUUAUGCGAAAGGUUCAGCUAGACCAACUGGUGGAGCCGGGGCGGUCGCAAUCCUUAUUGGACCGGACGCACCUAUUGUUUUCGACCGUGGACUUCGUGCAACUCACAUGAAGCACGCAUACGAUUUCUAUAAGCCGGAUCUGACUUCGGAAUAUCCUACUGUAGAUGGACCUUUAUCCAUCCAAUGUUACCUAAGUGCUCUUGAUAAUUGUUAUCAACUUUACUGCAAAAAGUACUCGAAGCUGAAUCCUUGCGCGGAAAAAGUUGGCCUAGAACAAUUCGAUGCUGUUCUCUUCCACAGUCCUUUCUGCAAGUUAGUACAAAAAUCAUUGGCCCGCAUUGGUGUCAACGACUACUUCAUGGCGAACCAAAUCAAGCGUCAAGAACAAUUUCCUGGAUUCGAGAAAUUCAACAACAUUCAAUUGGAAGACACCUAUUUCGAUCGGGACGUCGAGAAAGCCUUCAUGACGCAAUACAAUUCCGUUUUUGAGCAAAAAACGAAACCGUCUCUACUGCUAGCGAACCAGGUCGGCAACAUGUACACUCCAUCGGUCUACUCGGGCCUGGUAUCUUGGCUGAUCAAUAACGACAUUUCCAACUUAGUUGGGAAAUCCGUUGCGCUAUUCUCGUACGGGUCGGGCUUUGCAUCGUCAAUGUAUUCCAUUAGUACAACAAAUGACGUGGAAAAACUGAAAACAAUCACUUCGAGUUUGAAUCACAUAUUGCCUAUGCUGGAACAACGAAUCAAAGUAGCGCCAGAGGAGUUUACGAAAAUUUUGGAGAUUCGAGAACAAAACAAUCACAAAGCACCGUACGAACCAGUCGGAAGUGUCGACAAUCUUUUCCCGGGAACAUUUUACCUUAAAAGUAUCGACGAUAAACAUAGAAGAAAUUACGAUUGUGUGCCUCUGUAAUUCAUUUAUUUUUUAUGAAGACUAUGUAUGUUCUCAAGAGCAGUUCUUCGCAAAAAAAAGGUUUUCUACGUAAUUAUUAACAUUAUCAAUAUUUAAAGAAGAAGAAGAAGGAAAUCGUUUAUGCCAUUCGUGCAAUCUAAUCUAUUAUUUUAGUUGUCUAUCAGAAAUUAAUUUCAUAAAAUCUUUUCAUUUUACUGUUUUAUAAAUAAACAAUUGGAAGAGAAGAGAAAAAAA